CCUUCCUUCCCAUUUUACUCAACGGUAUUCAGCCCUGGAGACAGUCUUUGCUUGCUGCUACCCAAAUGACGCCUCCUAGCUUCUCCUCUUCAAUGCCUGGUGGCACCUUUCUUCCUGCCAUCCCGAACUCGCUCCCUGCAUAUCCUAAGACCGUCCCAGCUCAUGCCUUCCGUCAUUCAAAUCAGUCCCCCUCUCCGACCUUUGGACCAACCAGGAAACGUUUUCAAAAGGACAGCGGUUUCAGCGCCCACAGCCCCCCCCCCCUUUGAAGAUGCUGGCGAUUCUGACGAGGAUGUGAUGCGCAACAGCCUAUACUCAGACAGCGCCUACCGAUCAACUUUGGCUACCUCAAACUCCCGAAAGAGGGGCUUGGCAGAUGACGAUGUAGAUGAAUACGAACAUCGGCCGGGCGCCCGUGCUGAUGAUGGAGCCGGGGAUAGUGAUCGGCCUGCCAAGCGGAGAAUUAUUGACGUUGUUGGGAGCGUUGCGAGUAGGGUAUGGGAGUUUUGCAAGGCUAGAGUUCCGAUUUAUGGCCCGACUUCGAGGGUAACUGCUGCGGAAGUGGAUAUGAAUGUUGAUGAGCAUUUGUAUGACCCUGGGAUGCCCAGCUAUAUCGUGACCGGUGCUCAACUUGGAACCGGUUUAUACGGCAACCAACACAUUAUGGCCUCCUCGCCUCCCCGACCUGCAAAUGCUGGUACGGGCAGGGUGAGUUCGGAGGAGCAGAAUUAUUUUUCUUCGCGGGAUUUCUCUCCGAAUAAACAAGUAGAUGGUGGGUUAAGCUCCAGAUGGGUUAUGGUUUCCCCUGCGCCAACAGCCUCUACAGCUCCUCAACAACAUAAUAAUAAGCCUUCGCUUUCAGCCUCUACUUCAUCACCAACAGGUACACCUACACACCCCCGCCGUCCCCAAUCAUCCUCUUCCAAGCGCACCAGCCGCCCAAUUAUUGCUUCUUCAACUCGAAAGCGGCCUACGGUUGUCAGGCCUUCACACCAACGAUCUCACUCGUCGUCCACAAUCACCUCUUCAGCCUUUGCACCACCGCCACCGCAAUCAGCCUUCACGUUCCACAGUUCUCCUAUCAGCGGCGGUGCAUCGAUGGCUAAUACUCGGGGAAGGCGAAAGGGACGCAUCCCCGGUCUAGCAACAGCACCAUCACAUGACGAUGAUGAGGAGGAUGAAUCGAUGCGGAGAUUCAACGAACGCCUCCGUGACAUGAUACGAGAGGGCCGGGAAGCACUAGGCAGCAAGGUGGAGGUAGUGUACGAUGAAGACGAUGACCUAGAAAACUUCUAAGAGUGUCCGUUUCUACAUUCAAUGGAAACCACACAUGUUACAAUACGGGAGGCUCUUUUAUUUUAUUUUCCAUUUUCUCGCAGGGAGAACAUUUCAACUGAUAUAUGUUUUAACGAUUCAUGGCCGGAAGAGCAUGUCCCUGACAUGGCUGGAGGUGAUAUGAUAAAUGAACGGCAGGGUGUAUUGCAAAUUUCUCGGUGCGGGAUCUUUCGCCUCUUUUUUCUCUCCUGGGUUUCAUGCUCCAUGGCUGCAUUCUUUCCGGAUGUUUGUUUUUAUUAUGCUCUCAUUUAUGAGUUACUGGGAUCUGUUUUCGUUUUUGUUUAUGUAACAGCUUUUGAUCUAUGAUGUCAAUGGGGUGGUUGGUAGACUUGUAGCUCUAAUGAUUGGCAUGAUAUGAUAUUUGGCCCUAUCAAAUCUCUUAUGCGUUCAAAUUAUCAGGGACUAGUGAUUAACAGCUUUGAUUGUGCCAUAGUCUAAUCGGACCCGCUAUAGCUCUCUUAUCUGCUUCAUCUCCCCAGCCCUCACCCUAAAAUCAAUGGCCGCUCCUCCAAUGCCAAUAUUGGUAUCAUAUUAUUCUGAUA